AGUGACGUAACGACGGAUGAAGCACGUGACCCGGCUGUGUUUUUGACCAUGUGGAUGUGUAUUUUGUUUCUAACUGCGGUAUAUAAUGACAUUACACCCGAUAUAAGAUUUAGGUAGCGUCUUUAUAUGGAAACUUUACUAUGAAUAAACCUGGCUGCCGCGCUGGGAGAAGAGCGAGGGAAAGAAAACGGAAAAAACACACGGAUGUAUACAACGUGACUCUGACUCACGAAGCCCAGUUUGUUCUUUUGAGGAGAUGGCUAAAAGAGAAAGGAUUCACCUCACAGUCUCUCAUCCCUGUCGACUUCCAAGAUACUGGAAGGGGGCUUAUGACAAAUCAAACUAUCAAGGCCAAAAACAGUGUGAUUUCCCUGCCUGAGAAAUGCUUACUGACAACUGAGACGGUUCUCGAGAGUUACAUGGGUGACUAUAUAAAAAGAUGGCAUCCUCCUGUAUCUCCUCUUCUUGCUCUUUGUUGUUUCCUGAUUGCUGAGAGACAUCGUGGAGAUGCGUCAGAGUGGAGUCCCUACAUUAAUAUCCUCCCGAAGACCUACACAUGCCCGGUGUACUUCUCUGAUGACAUCAUUGACCUUUUGCCGAGGAGUCUCCAGAAGAAAGCCACAGAGCAGAAAGAACAGUUUCAGGAUCUCUACUGUUCCUCACUGAUGUUUUUCCGCUCCCUCCAGCCACUCUUCACCCAGCCCACUGAGGAGCUGUUUACCCAGGAUGCACUGCGGUGGGCUUGGUGUAGCAUUAAUACACGUACGGUGUACAUGGAGCAUGAUCAGAGUGAAUAUCUCUCCAGGGAGAAGGAUAUCUAUGCGCUUGCACCAUACCUGGACCUGUUGAACCACUGUCCUAAUGUACAAGUUGAAGCUGGCUUUAACAAACAAACUCGCUGUUAUGAAGUUAAAAGUGUUCGAGGAUGUAAGAAGUUCCAGCAAGCACUAAUCAAUUACGGCCCUCAUGAUAAUAACAGACUACUUCUGGAAUAUGGCUUUGUUGCCUCUGGUAACCCCCACAGUGUAGUAUAUGUUGAUUUAGGAACUCUACAAUUAUGUCUAGAUGAAAAAGACAAACAGCUAACACAAAAACUACUUUACUUAAGGGACAACGAUUUUUUAAGAAACUUAACGUUUGGGAUGGAUGGCCCUUCCUGGCGACUGAUGACUGCACUGAGACUGCUGUCCUUGAAACCUGAGCAAUAUUCUUGUUGGAAGAGUGUCCUAUUGGGGGCAGCGGUGAGCCGGGAUAGAGAAGAGUGGUGCAUUCACUCUGCCCUAAAGCUUUGCAAUAACCUCAGCGAUGACAAUGUCAAGGCAUUAGAGAGUCUAUCAGAGCUCAAACAGGGUGCGAACCUGCCUCUCCUUCAACAACUGUGUGUGGUGGAGAGCCUGAGACAAGAGGAGCAGAGGAUUCUGGAACACACACGAGUGGUUCUUCAAAACCUCCGGGGACAAUAGUCACUGUGGAAACAGUAGGGCAUUCGGAAAACACUGGGAAACCAGAAGCUUCAUGCUUUCACUGCCAAGAUUCAAACACAAGCAAAGAGCAAACAGAUAUGCUCCAACUCUGAACCGAAUCACCUCCAAAACUGCAGGGAGUCAAAAAUACGUCAAGUAAUAUUUCACUCAGAACUGAACAUUCCGUCAUUUACUCACCCUUAUGACUUUUUCUUCUGUGGAACACAAAAGGAGACAUUUUGUAGAAUGUCCAUGCUGCUCUUUUCUAUCAUUGAUGUUAUUAGAAAUGCUGCAAUGGCCAACAAACAGAAAACGAGUUGAAGUUCUAAAAUGACUAAGAAAUGAAAAUAAAUUAAAACUGUCAAAAGCACAUUGAUUAAUAAAGCUCAAGCUAAAACUUAAAAUAUAAAUUUAAACGUGUUUUCCCUGCAUGGAAAUGAUCAGCGUGCACUUGUUAGCAACAUCUCCUUUUGUGUUCCCUGAAACAACACCAUACAGAUUGGGAACGACUUGUGGCUGAAUAAAUGAAGAGAGGUGAAAUAUCCUAUAUAAUGCUCCACAGUAUGGGAUUUGUAAGCUUCAAUCAUUGUUUGUCUCCUAGAUUGACAGUUAGGGGCAUAUGGUGGACAGGAGGAUGAUGGGACAUUUAGGACAAUGAGACCUUAACAAACACAACUCUUCUAUUGAAAGCUAAUGACCUACAUGCUGUGUUUCUGGUAGGAGACUACUGAUAAUCAACUGUAUACCUCUGAACAAUGAUGCCCAAUUCUAGGUCAGCAUCAUCCAGUCCUUUUUUAUACAGAUCUGGCCAUAUUAAUAAGCAAAAGAAAUGUGAUCAGAUGGUGCUGUUAAUAAUCCAUUGGGAAUGCUUGACAAGGGAAAAUCACAUAAACAGCAUGUCAUAACUAGGCCAAAGUUCCCAAGAAAAAAUGU